AUUAUUACAAACACGUCGCUUUACUACGUUGUCGAUUAAAACCGAGGAAAUGCCCAUACAUCACUAGCUGCAUGAGUAAACCAAUGUACUGCCGUUAGUGGCUAGGCUAGGGCAUCUGUAUUGUUGUUAGCCUAGCUAGCAGACACGUCUGUUAUUAGCUAGGCUAGCUCAUAGACAUUGAUGUUAGCUGAGCGCCUGGCUAGCUUAGCUACGUUACCCGAUAUGCAUUGGUGAUGUUGUGGUUGUUGCUAGCCUACUGUAGCUAUGCCAUGCUAAUCCAGAGACUGUCAAGCUAUGACGUACCACCGAAAAUGACUGAUGUGUACCGAUCACUGAGCUGCAUAUGCUUCUGCGUCGCCGGAGGAGAUUUUAUGAUCGGUGUCCCAGUGUGGACAAAAUAGUAAUACACAUGCACAUAUAUAUGAUUUCAUUAUAUAGAUUGUAGCUCACUAAACGAAUUUUACAUGAAACUUGUGAGACACGUGACGCCAAUAAGGUUUAUCUCGCUGCGUGUAAUUCCUCUGCGUGUUACUGUAUUUCCAGUUGCCGAUUUCAAAUCUGAACUCAUAAUAAUAAUAAUAAUAAAUAACAUGAAUGAGUGCCAACAACACGUUUCUUUGCUAACGGCUCAUUGGAGCUUGCCCUUUAUUGGAGCCAGUUAGGUCGAAUCCCAAAUUGAUUCCUCCUCCCGAUGAAAGUGCACUACAUGACGGAUAAAAUAAUGGCCCCUGAAGCCGGUGUAGUGCACUAUUGUGUCCCGUAAGGCGGCGUUUAUGAUUCAGCCUUUCGUCCCGAAAAAAAUAACGAUGCUGUCUGUCAUUUUCGAGGCAGAGACACACAGAAAAGGUGGGGACAGAGGGAGGAACUCCAGGCGCCUGCGUUUAGACGCCAUCCUCGAAAAAGGCGCCCUUCUUUUGAAAAGAAGAGAAAACGGAAUGCAAUCCGAAUUGAACAGAAUCAUGAAAAAACCUGGGCUAACGAAAGUUAUCGACUGGAAAGAUGGCAGACAGAUCAAGCAUUCGCGCAGUGGCCGGCCCUCACGAGUUCCUUCGCAGUAUCAAGGUCACUUCAGUUGGGAUAAGUAUUUGAAAGAGACAAGUGCUAUAGCUGCUCCGGCCCACUGUUUCAAACAGAGCACUACUCCUCCAGUCAAUGAGUUCAAGGCAGGAAUGAAGCUGGAAGCUCAGGACCCCAGGAACACCACUUCUACCUGCAUCGCCACAGUGGUGGGGCUGACUGGCUCACGUCUCCGGCUGCGUCUCGAUGGAAGUGACAACAAAAAUGACUUCUGGCGCUUAGUGGACUCGUCUGAGAUCCAGCCUAUUGGUAGCUGCGAGAAGAAUGGAGGCAUGCUGCAGCCACCCCUGGGGUUCCGUCUGAACGCUUCGUCCUGGCCCAUGUUCUUACUGAAAACACUCAACGGUGCCGAGAUGGCACCAGCACGCAUCUUUCACAAGCAGGAGCCUCCUCCUCCAGAGCAGAAUCAUUUCCAGGUGGGGAUGAAGCUAGAGGCAGUGGACAGGAAGAAUCCUCAUUUUAUCUGUCCUGCCACAGUGGGGGCGCUGCGAGGAGUGGAGGUGCUGGUCACCUUCGAUGGCUGGAGAGGAGCGUUCGACUAUUAUUGCCGUUACGACUCCAGAGACAUCUUUCCUGUGGGCUGGUGCGCUCUCACUGGAGACAACCUUCAACCGCCUGGAACUAAAGCGGGUUUGCCAAGGCCACUGGGUGCUUCAGGUGUGCUUCCUGAUAGCAGUGUGGAGGGCACAGACAUGCUCAUGCCCCCAGCGCCCAGCAGGCCUCCUGCCCAGAAGCGGCGUAAACCGGGGCGCAAGAAAGGCAGGCCGUCUAUCUCCUGGGCUCCGAAAGAUAAUACCUCUACAGACGCGCCCCAGACAGAUCAGGUUGGGAACGGACCGGAGUCUGUGAAAAUCCCGAAGAAGAGGGGUCCCAAGCCUGGGAGUAAGUUGGGCUGGGUUAAACAUGCUGCAUGGUUGGAAGGGGCAAUGGCAGGUCCUGGCAGACCCCGAGGCCGAAUAGCAACCAACUGGACUCAGAAACUGCAUCAGCAGAAUGAGCUCGAAACCAUCAAGAUCCCAAAGAAAAGAGGCCCCAAACCUGGCACCAAGAGAAAACAGCGUGUGGCUUCUGACCCCGUCCCCACAUCCCCCACCAGUAGCACUCCAGAGCCUGACACAAGCUCUGUGCCGAUGGAUAACGCCACCAUCCCCAGCGCUGCCAUGCAGGCUCCAACAGUAUGUGUGUAUCUGAAUAAGCAGGGUAAGGUGGGUCCUCACUUGGAUGCACGGCGAAUACAGGCUCUUCCAGACCACUUUGGGCCUGGUCGGGCAUCUUCGGUGCUACAGCAGUGUGUUCAGGCCUGUGUGGACUGCGCACAUAAUCAGAGGCUUGUUUUCUCCUGUCUCAAACCAGGUCAUGGGGGAGAGCUCAUCUCAGCCCAUUUUGACCAGAAGCAGCACACUCUUACACUGCCGGCGGUGAACAGUGUGACAUAUGUGCUGCGUUUCCUGGAGAAGCUCUGCCACAAUCUGCGUUGCGAACCGCUGUUCGGCAGCCAGCCAGUGCCACUGGGAGGAGGGCACUAUGACGGCCACAGCUACACAGAGAGGAGGAGCUUUUCAGAGUGUCUCAGUUCAGGACCCGGUCGAGGGACAAAGAGAUUUCUGUCAGACUCCUGCAGCAGCACACUGACGCACAAAAUGGCUAAAAGCCUCUCAUCUGAAGAGUCUUUUCUGGUGGAGAAUGGAGUCUCUGAUCACUUGGAGAAAACGCAGAUGUCCCCCAGUAAGGUUUUGGGUUCGCAUCCUCACUCUCAGGGCACCAUCUCUCCUGGUCAGCUGUUUCGCCAUGGCUCUGCAGGUUCAGAGCGUUUCCUGAACUCCAGAGAAAGCCCUCGACCCAGUGGGCAGGAUCCCAACCUGUGGACAGUGGAGGACGUUAUGCACUUCAUCAGAGAGCUGGACCCUCAGUUGGGUCCUCAUGCAGAACUUUUCCGCAAACAUGAGAUAGACGGGAAGGCUCUCCUUUUACUGCGAAGUGACAUGAUGAUGAAGUACAUGGGUCUGAAGCUUGGUCCCGCCCUCAAACUCACCUUCCACAUCGACAAGCUGAAACAGGGUCGCUAAGCACUAGAGGCUGACCUUUAACCUUUCUACUCCAUCAAGCACAUGACAUAGUGGAAAUGUUAAGUCCACUGAAGCUUUACUGAAGCAUUACAGUCAUUGCAGUCAUUUCUGAAUGUGUCUCUUCGUAUGUUAUCUGUUUGUAUCACCUUGUUCUUAUUUGUUUUAGUGCCCAUUACAUGUAGCACACUUGCCCCCAUUGUUAUGAUAGGGUCAGUUGAAUAACGCACACUUGUCUCCACUAUGUUCUGUGUUUCUGUUUUUGACAGCUCUUGAGUUAUGCAGGAUCGUGCUGCAUGGACAGUAGGCAGGCUAUUUUCAGGCCUCUGGUGUUUUUGUUUGUUUGUUUGUUUUUUAAACAUACUGGUUUUUAUCCUCUAUAGCAACAGUCAAAAAGAUCUGGAAUUUUGUUCUCCAGUUUUAUUUUUAACAGAGAUCACACGAACACUAGAUCUGUCCCACUGAACUUUGGGACCGGUUCUAAUUCAUGUCUCAGUCCGAGGCAUUUUCAUAUCUAAUACUGUACUUUAUACAUAUCUACACUUCUAACCUGCAAUUAAUGCCAUGAUAAACUGCAUUUCUUUUGUAUGGUCUUGUUUAUUAUGUGUUUGUGGUUAAUUUGUACUUUUCUACAGUUUUAUAUGAUAUUGUUAAAGUUCAUACAUUGUGAUAAGACUGAAAUAAAAAUAUGAAGUCGUUGGACAGAUUUUAAAA